UAAAAUUUGAAGAGUUUAACUCCAAAAAUUUAGUAAAAAAAGUUUAGGGUAUUUAAAGGUAAAAAUCUUAAAUAGUACCGUGAAUUUGCAUCUACCUAAAGAAAGAAAGAGAGAGAGAGAGGGUCCUGAAUAGAGUCCCGUAGGGAGUACCGUAUCCAAACACUGCCUUCUCUCAAUGCUCAGGUGUAGAGCGCCUUCUUUAGUUCCCAUGAGGAUGCUAACAUCAUCAUCGUCUUCCUCGCCGUCCUUUUCCAUAAGCCCUAAUUUGAACUCCCUCCCGAAACCUCUCUCUCGAAUCCCCAUACUCUCUCGUUCUUCUCUCUCCGGUUUCCCACGAACCAUGAACCUUACUUCCACAAUCUUCUGUGGAUAUGCUAACCCCAUUCCCAUUUCGACCGCCGCUGGAACGAGAAGCGAAGAACUUGAAGUUGAUGAGUCCGAUUCUGAACCUCUUGUGGUGGUCUCCUUCUACAAGUUCGCUGAUUUUCCCGACCAUGCCCAUUUACGACAACCCUUGAAAGAACUCUGCGAGGAAUUGCGUGUUUCAGGAGGUAUCAUUCUUGCACCAGAAGGAAUCAAUGGCAGCAUAUGUGGGACUCGGGAAUCAGUGGAAAGAGUUCUUGGGUUCAUUCAAGACGAUGAAAGGUUAAAAGGGUUACGACGAAUUGAAUCUCCUGUGAGUCCCGAGGAAGAAGCUAUCCAUCAUGGGCACACUAGCAGUUCUCCUCUUGCAGCUGGGGAAGAUGCACCUUUCCGUUGGGAUCAUGUCAGAGUGAAGUUGAAGAAAGAGAUUGUUUCUCUUGGAAUGCCUACUGUAUCACCUAUUGAAAAGGUUGGGAAGUAUGUGAGCCCAAGGGAGUGGAAUGAAUUGAUAAGUGAUCCUGAAACCGUUGUGAUUGAUGUACGUAAUCACUACGAAACUAGAAUUGGGAAGUUCAAAGGAGCAGUUGAUCCAUGUACAACAGCAUUUCGGAAGUUCCCAUCAUGGGUAGAGGAUGAGUUCCAACUUUCUGGACCAGAUAAUGAGCAUUCAGAGAUUGAGAACACGAGUUCAAAUGAAGUAGGGAGUCCUAAAAAAGACAUGCCUCAGCGGGUUGCCAUGUACUGCACAGGAGGAAUUCGAUGUGAAAAAGCUUCAAGUUUUCUCCUCAGUAAAGGUUUCAAAGAGGUUUAUCAUCUUGAAGGUGGAAUUCUUAAGUAUCUUGAAGACAUUCCUGAGCCAGAGAGCCUGUGGGAGGGAGAAUGUUUUGUGUUUGACAAGCGGGUUUCAGUGGAGCACGGUUUAAUACCAGGAACUUAUAAGCUGUGCUAUGGGUGCAAACAACCAGUAAGUGAUGCUGACAUGGAAUCCCCUCUAUGGGAGCUCGGAGUUUCAUGUCCUCACUGUUACUCAUCGAAAUCUGAAGAAGAGAAGGAGAGGGCAAGAGCCCGCCAAAGGCAAUUUGAGACGUGGGGAGUAAUUGGUGGUCCUCACAAGGGUCGCCGGCCCAUACCUGAUUCUGAGGGUGUAAAGAAUCCUACUCGACUCUCAAGUUCAGCCUAACUAAUCACAUCAAGAAAUUAUAAUGCAGUUGCAUAGAGGAGCUUUUAUUGUUUGGAUCUGUUAAUGAAAUGGCAUGUAACAAAUCCUCAAAAGGGUCAUUAUACUCUUUUGGGACAUUUUUGUGAUGAGAAUUUGCUGUAUUGCCUUUUUUUUUUUCUUUUUUGAAAAAGAACUGUAUUGCCCAAA